AAGUGUGUGCUUCCCGCUUUAGAUCGCAUGUAUUGUUUAUUUUUUAUUUCCCCUCUCCCAAUGAUCAGUAGGUUAGAAACGUGAUGUCUUCAGUUUCAGUUAGCAUAUGAGAUGUCAAACAGUUUUAUUAUUAAGACAUGACAUCUCAUGAGGAUCAAAGUAAAAAGAAACCAGGGUUCAAUGUUAUAGAGCAGUUUGUGAGUAACGUUUAUAGCUUCAGUUCUCAAUAUGGCAAUAGCCAUACUAUCAGCAUAUCCUACACCGCUCAUAAUAUAAUUGGACCACCCAGUAAAUUUCCAGAAUAUGGAGAUUUUCCACAGGCAUUUGCCAUGAGAACUUAUGGAUUAUGGUGGGAUAAGGCACCUUCAAGAUCCAUCGAUUACAUGCCGCAGAAUAAUCUGGAUGCUGUGAGUCAAGAUUAUAUUGAUAUUCAAUAUGUUGAGCCAGUAUAUCCAAUUAGAGUUUCCAUAUAUGAAUUAUAUAAUCCUGGGAGUGUGAUUGCUAUAUGGGCGCAAGAUGGUUGUGGUCAGUGGCAUCGAUUGUGGAGCGGACUGCCUCAGAUUGUAAUCAAGAACUCAAGAUUAUUCUCCCCGCCUUUACAGUUGUGCAAUUUCAAGACCAAAAUGUUGAGGCUGGAAUUCAACCAUAGUCUAUUGGACUAUUACACAGAGUUGGAUGCUGUGUUGUUAAUCGGUACAUUGGAAAUGAUGUUUCCCAAGAAUCCAUCAAGCAAACAGAGCUUAUCUGAUUUAUUACAAGAUACGAAUUAUAGUCAUGUUGACGAUUCAAAUUCUACUUUAAUCAACUUAACACCAGAUUAUGAAAAUGUACAACAGAGCAAAGAUCUGAAAGUAAUAUUGGAUGAACAUUAUACUACAUAUGAAAGUGAUAUAAUUGACAAUCUUAAGAGUAUGCAUAUAUCUCAUCUAGAACAACUUUAUCACCGCAUACCACCUAUACAAGAAGGACUCAAUAAUAUGCAACAAUUUUUAAUAAAAGAUUUACCAACAAAAUUUAUGAACAAUAUUGAAGCUUCUUCAAAUGAAUCUGAGGAGUCUUGUGGCUAUUUUUCUAUGCUUUCUGACGAAACGAUAUUAAAAAUAUUAAAGAACUUAGAUUUGAGAUCGCUAUAUCUUAUAUCCAGAGUAAAUAAGUAUUUUUAUAACUUGGUACUAGAUCCUUUGCUCUAUACGUGUUUAAACUUAAAACCAUAUUGGCAUUCUUUCAAUGCAUCUACAUUGCACAACUUAUCAUUUAGAUGUAAAUAUUUACGAAAGUUGGAUCUUUCAUGGUGUGGUAAUCAUGGCAUGUUUUCUCCUACAAGUAUUAAAGAGUUUCUGGUUGAUUGUGGAAGUCUUUUAACGCAUCUACGAUUAAAUUGCUGUGAAAAUGUUGACAAUUCAACUAUUUCUCAAAUAUCAAUAACAUGUAGAAAUUUGAAAGAAUUAUAUUUACGCAAUUGUCAAAGCAUACAAGAUAAAGGAUUCGAGUAUCUCAUGAAUCUCGAAUUUCUCGAGCAUUUAGACCUUUAUAGGACAACUAUAACAACUAAAACUUUAUGUGGAAUACUGCAGAAGAAUCGAUGGUUACGUCACUUAAAUAUAGCAGGAACGUUUCAAAUCAAUAUAAACAUAGAUGCAGUUGCGAUGGAAUUGGGAAGAUCAUGUCCAAAUUUGGAAAGUAUAGACUUUUGGAAGGCACAGACUCUUACAUCGCAAGGUAUUAAUGCUCUGGCUGCUUGUAAGAAUCUACGAGAGGUGGAUUUCAGUUGGUGCGGUAGCACAUCUGGUCAUGGUGAAACUUUGGUGAAAUUAUUGUCUUCUUGUCAGCUCUUGGAAAAGGUCUUCUUGGCUGCUUUUCGAGGACUCACGGAUCGUGAUUUGAAAGCAUUGACACAGUGCAAACAUUUGAAACAAUUGGAUUUGUUAGGCGCGCUAUCUCUGACAUCGGAUAUAUGUUAUGAACUUUUAUUAAGUUGUCCUAAAUUGGAAUUAAUGGACCUUAGCUUUUGCGAUAACAUCAACAAUUUUUAUAUCGAGAAAUGGCAGGAAGAGUAUCCAAAUGUAGCUAUCAAAAGAAUAAUUGGCUAUCAUUGAUGGUACGAUUUAAAGUAGGGUUUUCUAGAGAAUUUUAAUAUAUAAAACAGAUUUAAAAAGCUAAAGUUUAAAAGUA